AUGAUGGCAGAUACCCCUUCAUCUCCUAUGAAUACGCCUUGUGAACACCCCAAUAGUAGGGCCUCCCCUUCUCUUUCAUGGCCCGAUGCAGACAUCAACGACAGUGGUGAAUCUGGUUUGUUCUCAAUUUCAUGGAAUCAGGACUACAGUUGCUUUGCUGCUGGAACAAGUCACGGUUUUCGCAUCUAUAACUGCGAACCUUUCAAAGAAACUUUCCGACGUGAUUUAAGAACUGGUGGAUUCAAAAUUGUAGAGAUGCUGUUCCGUAGCAACAUCCUAGCGCUUGUUGGUGCUGUAGCUAAUUCCCAUUACCCACCCAAUAAAGUUUUGAUUUGGGACGAUCAUCAGAGCAGGUGCAUUGGUGAGUUCACAUUUAGAUCUGAAGUUCGUGGAGUGAAAUUAAGACGUGAUCAAAUUGUAGUUGUUCUCGAGCACAAGAUAUAUGUUUAUCACUUAAUUAAUUUGAAGCUUCUUCAUCAAAUCGAGACAGUGGCAAAUCCUAGAGGGUUGUGCUGUCUUUCGUACCAUUCAAAUACAUUUGUUUUGGCUUGUCCUGGUCGUUGCAAAGGACAGGUUCGAGUUGAACACUUUGGACUGAAUGUGACAAAAUCAAUCAGUGCUCAUGAUUCCCAAAUUGCAUGCUUGACUCUGACAAUGGACGGGCUCCUUCUUGCGACUGCUAGUGUGAAGGGCACUUUGAUUAGAAUCUUCAAUACAAUGGACGGGUCUCUUUUACAAGAAGUAAGAAGAGGGGUGGAUAGGGCUGAAAUCAACAGUAUAUCUCUGUCUCCAAAUGUCCAAUGGUUGGCAGCAUCAAGUGACAAAGGCACUGUUCAUAUAUUCAACUUGAGAGUGAGAGUGUUUGGGGUGGAUAGUGUAAUACACCCAAAUUAUGUCCAAGGACCUGCACUGCUUCAUCAGAAUUCUUCAACUGCUUUAGAUCCCUUGAUUUCUCCAAAUACCGGUGCCAACCCCAAUUCAUCAUUAUCUUUCAUGAGAGGGGUCUUACCAAAAUAUUUUAGCUCAGAAUGGUCAUUUGCGCAGUUCCACUUACCUGAAAACGCUAAAUUCAUUGUGGCAUUUGGAUCUCAGAACACCGUCCUAAUUGCUGGCAUGGAUGGAAGUUUUUACAGAUGCAGCUUUGAUCAAGUAAAUGGGGGAGAAAUGUUGCAGAAGGAAUAUAUUCGUUUCCUAAAAUGUUAA